AUGUUCUCAAACAACGAUGAAGCUGCGAUCAACAAAAAACUGCCCAAAGAGCUGCUGCUUCGCUCCUCUUGGAUUUUCUGGCUGCGCUCGAAGAUGGCUUGAGCAUCCUUCUCCGUGUCCAGUUCAUACACUGCUGUGGCUCCCAUGUCUCCUGGGCCAACAGGUUUCGCUGACCUGGUCGCUUUAAUUUUCUCUUUCCUGGAUGUGGUCACUCUGUGUCGUUGUGCUCAAGUUUCCAGGGCAUGGAAUGUUCUGGCCCUGGAUGGCAGUAACUGGCAGCGAAUUGACCUGUUUGAUUUCCAGAGGGAUAUUGAGGGCCGAGUGGUGGAGAACAUUUCCAAGAGAUGUGGGGGAUUCCUGCGGAAGCUGAGCCUGCGCGGCUGCCUGGGAGUGGGGGACAACGCCUUAAGGACCUUUGCCCAGAACUGCAGGAACAUCGAAGUGUUGAACCUCAAUGGUUGUACCAAGAUCACGGACACCACCUGCACCAGCCUCAGCAAGUUCUGCUCCAAACUCAGGCACCUGGAUUUGGCUUCCUGCACCUCCAUAACCAACCUGUCCCUGAAAGCACUGAGCGAGGGAUGCCCGCUGCUGGAACAGCUCAUCAUCUCCUGGUGCGACCAAGUGACCAAGGACGGGAUCCAGGCGCUGGUGCGGGGCUGUGGGGGGCUCCGGGCCCUGUCCCUCAAGGGCUGCACCCAGCUGGAGGACGAGGCCCUGAAGUUCAUCGGUGCCCACUGUCCCGAGCUGGUGACCCUGAACCUGCAGACCUGCCUGCAAAUCACGGAUGACGGGCUCAUCACCAUCUGCAGGGGCUGCCACAAGCUGCAGUCCCUGUGCGCUUCUGGCUGCUCCAACAUCACCGACGCCAUCCUCAACGCCCUGGGACAGAACUGCCCACGCCUCCGAAUAUUGGAAGUGGCGAGGUGUUCCCAGCUGACCGACGUGGGCUUCACCACCCUGGCCAGGAACUGCCAUGAGCUUGAAAAAAUGGAUCUGGAAGAAUGUGUCCAGAUAACAGACAGUACACUAAUCCAGCUUUCCAUACACUGUCCACGGCUCCAGGUCCUGAGUUUAUCCCACUGCGAGCUGAUCACGGACGACGGGAUCCGUCACCUGGGGAACGGCGCCUGCGCCCACGACCGCCUGGAGGUGAUCGAGCUGGACAACUGCCCCCUGAUCACCGACGCCUCCCUGGAGCACCUCAAGAGCUGCCACAGCCUGGAGAGGAUAGAACUGUACGACUGCCAGCAGAUCACGCGGGCCGGGAUCAAGAGACUCAGGACCCACCUGCCCAACAUCAAAGUCCACGCCUACUUCGCCCCGGUGACCCCCCCGCCCUCGGUGGGCGGCAGCCGACAGCGCUUCUGCAGAUGCUGCAUCAUCCUAUGACACUGGAACCUCGUCCCGGCAAACUGAGGCUGGAGCCACGCCCGUGGAAUUCCAGGGGACACCAGAACCUUCGAGGAAAGCGAUCCCAGUGUCAUUUGUGAGGGCCAGUGAGCAGGGCUGGGGUGCCCUGUAGCCACCCACACAC